UGGAGCCUGGAGCCUGGAGCUCAGAACCCAAUAGAGUCUGCUGGACACCGUCACGCUUCUCUCCGCUGACCGACUGCAAGGGUCGAGCGUUGGGGCUCUGGGUUACGCAUUCCGCCUGGGUCUUUCGAAAAGCGUCUUUACCGUCGCAGCAUUGAAGCCUGUGUGGAGCAGUCGCAAAGCAACUUUACGCAUUCAGUUUCUCAAGAAUGGUUUUAUUGUUGGGCACGCGGAUAUAUCGCGUUUAAUGAGCUAUUUUGUGUAGAAGAACUACAGUCUGGAAACUCUUUCGCUUUCUUUUGGAGGCCAAAUGUGCAAUGAGAUGAGCGCAGGAGAAAAGUUUUGCGUGAGUUUGUGAGACUGUUAUCUUGGGAUGGUUGCAGCUGCGGUCUCUCGGCGGAGUCGCGAGAUCUCCACUUUUGACUGGAAACAAAGACAAUGUAACGACUUAAAGUAGCGCUCCUUCGCGGAAAACUGUGGCAACUUGCGGUCAAUCAACCGGUAAGGGCUCGUGGAGUUGUAAAAAUGAAUCAUAUGGCAAACAAAGGAGGCUAUUCAACCGCUUCUUAAUGUGGAGAGCACCAAACCACAGAUACAUCGAUUUAUCUAAUGUUGCGUCGUGUCAAUAUUUUGACCAUGACUUAAAAGCAGCGCUGCCCUGCGUCUCUGCUUGAUGGCUUUUGACGAAUAUUCGUCGUGUUUAGAUAUAAACAGCAGCAAAGAAAGGCUUUCAGGGCUAUUUAUAUGCUAAUCUAACCCCCUCUUCUUGCCGUGUGGAUAUCAAGGACGGCAGGAGUAAUGUCGGUGGGCGCUACUUGCGUCCUUUUACUGGCUUUCGUGCUGCUCAGGAGCUCUGCUGGAUCCACUGAAUGUAAAUCAUACGAUGAACGCUCCAGAAGUGCGGGGAAAAGCUCUCUGUCUGGGGCCACACUGGACAGAAAAGUGGUCUGCAGCAACAUGGAGCUCCAUCAGGUGCCUUCACCCGAAUCAUUUCCCAACAGAACGGUCUCACUGAUUUUGAGUAACAAUAAAAUCCAGGAACUUCUGAAUGGCUCUUUCAUUGGUUUGUCAUCACUGGAACGACUGGACAUAAAGAACAACAUAAUCACACAUAUUGAACCAGGAGCUUUUUAUGGACUUUUCACCCUCAAAAGACUAGACUUGUCCAAAAACCUGAUCGGCUGCCUCCAUGUGGACGUCUUUAAAGGCCUCUCAAACCUUGUCAAACUUAAUCUUUCGGAGAACAAGUUUUCUUCACUCUCGCAAGGAAUUUUCGACAGCCUUGGCUCUCUGAAAAUACUGGAGUUUGAUAGCCCUUAUCUUCUGUGCGACUGUAACCUGCGCUGGCUGGUGGUCUGGAUCAAAGAGAAGGGGAUCGGGGUGAAGGAGACUCGCUGCUCGUUCCCUCGCUCCCUACAGGGUCAGCUGAUAACCUCGCUCAGGCCCGAAACACUCACCUGUGAUGCUCCUCUAGAGCUACCCUCCUUCCAGAUGACUCCGUCCCAGCAUCAGAUCGUCUUCCAGGGAGACAGCCUGCCGUUUCAGUGCAUGGCCUCUUUCGUGGACGAGGACAUGCAGGUUCUGUGGUAUCAGGAUGGGAAGAUGGUGGAACCUGAUGCCACUCAGGGCAUCUACAUAGAGAAAAGCAUGGUGCAGAAUUGCUCUUUAAUAGCCAGCGCCUUGACCAUUUCCAACAUCCAGCCGGGAUUCACGGGGAACUGGGAGUGUCGCGUGCGCACCAGUCGAGGAAACAACACUAGGACGGUCCACAUCGUGGUUCUGGAGAGCUCUGCCAAAUACUGCUUGCCAGAUCGGGUGUCGAACAACAAGGGAGACUACAGAUGGCCUCGGACACUUGCUGGCAUUACGGCGUACUUGCCCUGUAAACGGCAGGUGAGCGGAUCUGGCAUUUACUCGGGCAGCUCGGCGGAAGAUCGACGUGCGUGGAGGCGAUGUGGCCGCAGUGGACAGUGGGCAGAGGACGACUACUCGCGCUGUGAAUAUAUGAAAGACGUCACGCGUGUGCUUUAUAUCAUCAACCAGAUGCCUCUGAAUCUGACCAAUGCGGUUCAGACGGCGCAGCAGCUGUUGGCUUACACCGCAGAGGCGCCCAACUUCUCUGACAAGGUGGAUGUGAUCUUUGUAGCCGAGAUGAGUAUAUAUAAAUACACGCAUUUCCUCUCUCAGCUGGGAGAUGUGAUGGUGGAUAUCUCCAGUAAUCUGAUGCUGGCUGAUGAGCGAGUGUUAUGGAUGGCUCAGAGGGAGGCGCGAGCGUGCUCACGUAUCGUUGAGUGCCUGCAGAGAAUUGCCGCUCUCCGAAUCAGUAAUGGGGCUCUGGCCUAUUCUACUAACUCUCACAACAUUGCUCUGGAGGCUCAUGCCAUCAAGGCCAGCAGCUUCAAUGGAAUGACCUGCACUCUGUUCCAGAAGCUCUCACCGGAGCGCACACCCGUGGCCCAUUUCUCUCCCAGAGACCCCGACAUCAACCCGGAGCGCCAGCUCAGCUUCAAAUGCAACGUGACCAGCAACCUGUCUGCACUUGCUCUCAAAAACACUAUCGUGGAGGCGUCUCUCCAGCUUCCCCCGUCGCUCUUCUCGUCUCUGGGAAGCUCAGGUCAGGCUGAUGAAGCCAUUUAUAAGCUACACCUGCUGGCCUUCCGCAACGGCAAACUCUUUCCUCCGACGGGCAACUCCACCCUCCUGAGCGACGGCAGUAAGAGGAGGAGUGUGGUCACACCUGUGAUCCUCACAAAGAUCGAGGGCUUCCCGCUGAAGAACCUGCAGAGUCCAGUGAACGCGACCCUGCGGCGCUUCCUGCACGGCUCAGACGCUGUGCCCUCCUUCUGGAACUUCAGUCUGCUGGGUGGACAGGGCGGCUGGCAGAGCGACGGCUGCCGGAUCCUCCAUCAGGACGACAACUUCACCACAAUGUCCUGCCAUUCACUGAACAACUACGCUUUACUGAUGGAUAUAAACAAGACCGGGAAUGACGCGUAUAGCUUCGAACCUCUUCAGCCUGUUAUCUACGCCACAGCCAUCGUCCUGCUGCUCUGCCUGCUGUCAGUCAUAGUCAGCUACAUCUACCACCACAAGUCAGUGCGUGUGAGUAAGAAGUGCUGGCACAUGCUGGUUAACCUGUGCUCACAUAUUCUUCUCACCUGUGCUGUGUUUGUGGGCGGCAUCAACCAAACGUACAGUGCAAGCGUUUGUCAAGCGGUGGGGAUUGUGUUGCAUUACUCUACACUGGCUACAGCAUUGUGGUCCGGCGUAACGGCACGCAACAUCUACAAACAGGUGACGCGGAAGGCCAAACGCUACGAGGAGCUGGACGAGCCUCCGCCUCCACCCAGACCUAUGCUGAGGCAAGACUACUUUAAAAAGCAUCUCUUGUCUUUCGGCAGCUGCUGGAUGGCAUGGGAACCCAGUCUUGGUGCGUUUUACGGCCCGGCAGCCUUCAUCGUUUUCGUGGACUGCAUGUACUUCCUCAGCAUUCUCGUUCAGCUCCGCCGGCACCCCGAGCGCCGCUUCGAGCUCAAGGAACAGUCUGAGGAGCAGCAGCACCUUUCUGUGGCCGAAGUGACCGAAAUCACACCGGCCCUACUGGAGUCCUCGUCUGCAGCCGCCGAUCAACCGGUCCCGAUGUCGGCUCUGGAGAACGAGCACACUUUUGUGGCCCAGCUCAUCGGCGUGGCAGGAUCUCUUGCGCUUUAUGUCGCUCUGUGUGUGUUUGGCGCUCUUGCGGUGUCCCAAGAGCAUCCGGCAGAUUUGGUGUUCGCCUGCCUCUUCGGCGCCGCCGCUUUGGCUCUCGGGGCGUUUCUUGUGGCGCACCAUUGCAUGAACCGUCAGGACAUGCGGCGCCAUUGGUCACGAGCUUGUUGCCUCGUUCGCAGCAACUACGCCGUACAGAUCGAUUCCCUGCUUUUGCCAGUCGCGGGAGCCGGAGGCUCUGUCUUGACACCAAGGGGAGACGGCGAAAGUGCAAAGCGUCCAGCCAGCAGUGCUGAAUCCUCGUGCACCAAUAAGAGUGCGCAGAGCGUCCGUAACUCCACCCAAGGCUGUAAACUGACCAAUCUGCAAGUGGAAGCAGCUCAAUGCAAAGCGGCCCCUUCUACGGCCAAUGGGACGGUGUUAUUGGACAACAGCUUGACUGAACAUUCAGUCGACAAUGAGAUUAAGAUGCACGUCGCACCAAUCGAGGUCCAAUAUCGGCCCAAUUCGGUCAACAACAACAAUCUUCCAGGAACGGGCAACGCAAACAUCAACGGGCAUUCGGGGCGACACCACAAGAACCGUACGAGAGCGCAUCGGGCCAGUAGGCUCACGGUUUUGCGCGAGUACUCGUACGACGUCCCCACCAGCGUGGAGGGCAGCGUGCAGAGCCUCCCGCACAAGCGCCACCAUCAUCACGAGAGUCUGCAGGCCCGUAACAGUCGACGAGCGGCGUAUUUGGCUUACCGGGAGCGCCAGCAGAGCCAACUUCAUCAGGACAGCAGCGACGCCAGCACCAGUGUGCCCCGCCGCUCGCGGCACCUCGCCAAAGGUGGAGGCGUCCGCCCGGGUAACAGUUUUGGGCAUGGGCUCAGCAACAACGUGGGGAACGGCAUCAGUAAUGGAGGCUUAGACGGAGGAGGGGACGGAUCGGGGACCGACGUCACCAGCCAAACUAGAGACUGUCCAAAACAGCCCCUCGCUGUUGAACUGGAGGUGCAGCCCAAGUCUUACGGGUUGAACCUAGCGUGCCAAAAUGGACCUGCCAAAGACUCUGAGAGGCUACAGAAUUUGUCGCCCCUGAACGUGGAGAGUUCUGGGAAUAUCAAGACUGGCUUGUGGAAGCAUGAAACGGCUGUAUAGCAAGAUUCCCUUCUCAGAGACUACAAAUCUGACUUUUACCUGUAACUGUGAAUCUCUUAUUUUAUGAUUUGAUCCGAAAGGUACAGUUUGUAAAAAUAGUUCCUGAAAGAGUUUGCGUUUUAAUGUUAAUGUAAGAAAAUACCUACAAAUGCAUAUAGUUUACCACUUGGCUGUAUCAUAGUCAGUCUACAAAUGGUCUAUUUUUAUAUCCAUUCGGCCAAUUUUGUAUUUUAUUCUGACGUUUUGUAUGUGAAGGUGCAUGAUGCGCUGCCCUUUAAGAAUAUGUUGGCUGACUCUCUUAUAUUCCAAUGUGUUUUCACAGCGUAAAGAAGAUUGUGUUCUAUUGCGGGCAUCAGAUAAUAAAAAAUCUCUUUACGCAGGCCACUUCAUCUCAUCUCUGAGUUCAAAGGUGAGUUCAUCUGAGAGUUUCCUUGCGGUUUCAAGUAAUUGGGAGCUUAUUUUAUGAUUUUGAUCUGUAUGGUACAGUUUGUAAAAAUAGUUCCUGAAAGAAUUUGUGCUUUAAUGUUCAUGUGCAAAAUUUGAGAAAAUACCUACAAAUUUAUAUAAUGUCCCACUUGGCUGCAUUGUAGUCAGUCUAUAAAUGGUCUAUUUUUGUGUCCUUUAAGCGCAUUUUGUACAUUAAGAUGCAUGACAUGCUGCCCUUUGAGAAUAUCUUGGCUGACUCUCUUAUAUUCAAAUGUGUUUUCACAUAGUAAAUAAGAUUGUGUUCAAUUGCGGCCAUCAAAUAAUACAAAAAAGUGUUCAUCUCUUUUCAUCUCUGAGGUCAAAGGUGAGUACAUCUGAGAGCUUCCUCUUAUUUUAUUAUUUUGAUCCGAAUGGUUUUUAAAAAUAGUUCCAGAAAGAAUAAUGUUCAAAAUCGGAGAAAAUACAAAUGGUCUAUAUUUGCAUCCUUUAAGCCCAUUUUGUAUUUCAUUCUGACAUUGUGUGUGUGAAGAUGCAUGACAUGCUGCCCUUUGAGUCUAUGUUGGCUGAAUCUCUUAUCUUCUGUGUUUUCACGUAAUUGUGGCCAUCAAUAAAAAAUCUUUACGCAGCCCA